UUCAGGAAGACAAGCCAACUUUGGUCGCAAGGCGGAAUCUUUGUGUUUCUCUCCAAGUAUUUUCUCUGUAAGCUGCCGUUUGCACCAUGGUGCGAGUGCUGAUUGUGGGAGCGGGCCUGACCGGGGCCGUGAGCGCGUGUCUGCUGAGGAGAGAGCUGCAGAAAACCGCCAGUAUCGUGGUCUGGGACAAGGCCAGGGGGGCGGGAGGUCGUAUGAGCACCAGCCGUUGUCCUGAGGAUCAGAGGUGCACGGCAGAUCUGGGGGCCCAGUACGUGUCUGCCACCCCGGACUAUGCAAAGUCACAUGCCAGUUUCUAUGAGUCCCUGCUGACUGAGGGAGUUCUGCGGCCGCUGUCUGUGCCCGUGGAAGGUGACCGUUCCGACCCGGCGACACGACACUACGUCGCGCCGAGCGGCAUCAGCUCCGUCGUCAAACACUUCCUACAACAGGCAGAUGCAGAGGUGCAUUUCGGACAUCAGGUAUCUGAGAUCAGAGCCGAGCAGAGCGGAGGAACGUGGCGCGUGGCGGCGCAGAACGGGACGGAGGCGGAGUUUGACGCCGUCGUUCUGACGAUGCCCGUGCCUCAGAUCCUGGGACUGGCGGGAGUCAAGACACUGCUGGAUAACCAGCCAGCUCAGCUGUCCCAGCUGCAGCAGGCCUCCUACUCCUCCCGCUACGCCCUGGCACUGUACUUCUCACCAGGCACCAGCUUAGACAUGCCGUGGGCAGCUAAAUACGUCACAGAGGACCCCUGUGUCAGGUUCCUUUCAGUGGACAGUAGGAAAAGGGGCGUCGAUGACCCGGAGGUUGGACCAGCCCUGGUCGUGCACACGGGAGUUCCGUUUGGCCUGAACCACAUCGACCAGACACUGUCUGAGGUUCAACCAAUCAUCAUGCAGCAUCUACAGAACGUGUUGCCAGGGUUACCAGAACCCCUCAGCGUCAAGUGCCAAAAAUGGAGAUAUUCUCAGGUCUACCAGCCAGUAUCAGGCAGCCCGGGUGCCCUGGUGGUGAGCAGUCAUCCUCCCCUGGUGCUGGGAGGAGACGCCUUCACUCACUCAAACUUCGACGGAUGUAUAGAGUCUGCUCUAUCUGUUGUCAGACAAGUUAGGGAACUUCUAACAACCAGCGGACAACUGUAACAACAGUGAAACACAAUUCUGCCAGGUCACAUACAUUACAUUGUGUAUCUGCCACCCUGACAAAAUACAUGGUACAUCUAGCAGAGAAAUAUCCUUUGCAAUGGCUGUAUAGAGUCGGCUCUGUCAGUAGUCAGACAAGUUAGGGAGCUUCUAACAAGCAGUGGUCAACUGUAACGUCUGCUAACAUAAUUCCGACAAGUCACACAUAUCUGCCACUCUGACAAAAUGCACUAGAAAAGAGAUAUCCUUGAAGUUCGUAAUAUCAAUGAGUAUAAUAUUACAGCUUGUAUGAACGAUUGAAUACAGGGCUUUUUUUCCAUCUCAAUACAUGUAUUUCUGUCAUUUUUGUGUUUACGAAACUAAUACUCAGAAAAAAAGCACUGUUUAGAGAAAAAAGACAGCUGAAUCAGAGCAACCUCUGUUCACACCAAAAAAAGUUUAUUCUGAAAACAAUUUACAGUAAUAGAUAAUAAAGACAGUAACCAGCUUCAACACAGUGUUUGUGUUUAUCAGUUUUCUUGAUUUUCAGUUAUAAACUCACAUCUUCAGUUUGACCAACCACCAAACUCACAUAAAUUAGCAACAUACUCUUUGAUUUGCAAUACUCAAUCUUUAUAAAAAGUAAAAAUAAAGAACUUUCAACACAAGAUACUUCUUUAAGGGAUCCUCUUUGAAAUCACUAAUAGAUCAAACAACAGAAUGAUCAUGGUGACAAAAUACUCUUAAUUUGCUUUGACACCUCAAAUAAAAGUUCUAUUUACAAAUAGAGAACAUAACUUUGUCUACAGGUACAUGAUACAUGUGUAGCUAUACUAGCACAUUUCAACAACCAGUUUCACAAAAGUUGUAGAAAAAUAGGAGUUAACAGUUUGCUUACAACAAACGAUCCAAGCUGCAAACAAGGGCCACUUAUUCUGCUCUAACAAGCUGAUUACUUUCUGAAGAGUGCUUCAUAUAUAAUAAGCUAACUUAUAAAUCAUUGUAUAAAAACUACUCAUCAUCGAUGUUAUACAACAACAUUGUGAUGACCCUCCUCCCUGUUGCCUAAACCAGUAGCCAAAACAAAUUCUGAGCAAAAAGCUUGACUUUUAAAUGAAGAAUAUACUUCACAAGCACUACCAAAAAGACAUUACAUCACACUAAUUUCUUCGAUCUUCACAUUAUUUCCUACAGAUUUCUCUAAAUACAGUGUAGGAAGUUUUAUGCUUUUAAGCACAUCAUUUCCUCAAGUCAAAAUGCAUCCGUUUUAAGAUCUUACAGUAAUUACAUGAACAUGACUACAUAUAGACUCACACACUAAAUAAAUCUUGUUUACUCUAAUGUUCACUCACACACUUAGGUUAUGACAAGUCAGAUCAUAGUGUCACCAUUUCAAUAUCAUUUUGCUAUUAAUAA